UUGAACGCUUCAGUAUGCUGGUCAUCCUCCUGAACUGUGUCACUUUGGGAAUGUUCCAUCCAUGUGAAGACGUUGCUUGUGAUUCCCAGCGAUGCAAAAUUCUACAGGGAUUUGAUGACUUCAUUUUUGCAUUUUUUGCUGUUGAAAUGAUUAUCAAAAUGUUUGCUCUGGGAAUAUUUGGAAAGAACUGCUAUUUGGGAGACACCUGGAAUCGUUUAGAUUUUUUUAUAGUUAUCGCAGGGAUGCUUGAAUAUUCGCUGGAUCUUCAAAAUGUCAGCUUCUCUGCGGUGCGCACCGUCAGAGUUUUACGUCCGCUGCGAGCCAUUAACCGAGUGCCAAGCAUGCGGAUUCUUGUCACGUUGCUGCUGGACACGUUGCCAAUGUUGGGCAAUGUCCUCCUACUUUGCUUCUUUGUCUUCUUCAUUUUUGGGAUUGUGGGGGUGCAGCUUUGGGCUGGUCUGCUACGAAACCGCUGCUUCCUCCCAGAAAAUUUCAGCCUUCCUGUUUGCCUGGAAUUGGAACGGUACUAUCAGACUGAGAAUGAGGAUGAGAAUCCUUUCAUCUGCUCACAAGCCAGAGAAAACGGCAUGCGGUAUUGUCGCAGUGUCCCUACACGAAGGGAAGAAGGACUUGAGUGUACACUGGAUUAUAAUUUUUAUAAUAACACCAGCAAUACUUCAUGUGUCAACUGGAAUCAGUAUUAUACAAACUGUUCAGCUGGGGAACAUAACCCCUUCAAAGGUGCUAUCAAUUUUGAUAAUAUAGGGUAUGCUUGGAUUGCAAUUUUUCAGGUGAUAACGUUAGAAGGUUGGGUGGACAUCAUGUAUUUUGUCAUGGAUGCUCACUCCUUUUACAACUUCAUCUACUUUAUUCUUCUAAUUAUCAUUGGAUCAUUUUUCAUGAUCAACCUUUGUCUAGUGGUCAUAGCUACUCAGUUUUCUGAAACUAAACAGCGGGAGAGCCAGCUUAUGAAGGAACAGAGAGUCCGCUUCCUUUCCAAUGCAAGCACAUUAGCCAGCUUCUCUGAACCUGGCAGUUGUUAUGAUGAGCUUCUGAAGUAUUUGGUGUAUGUGACGCGUAAGGCAAGUAAGCGGCUUGUCCAGUUCUACAGAGCAGCAGUCUUUAAAGUUGGUUUCACAUCUAGUCCUACAGUGAAGAGCAACAUUGAGAAACCGAAACGCAUGCAUAGGAGGAGAAGGUCUUCUGUGCACCAUCUAAUCCAUCAUCAUCAUCAUCACCAUCAUCAUUAUCACCUGGGAAACGGGAGCCUGCGUGCACCACAGGCCAGCCCAGAGCUCAGCGAAGUGGAAACCAAUUCUCCUCAUAAUGGAACUAGAUUAAUGCUAUCGUUUGCAGGGGCGCAGACCUCCCCCAUUGCUUCUGCCUCCAACACGCAAUCCAUUCACAGCAUUUACCAUGCCGAUUGUCACCUUGAACCUUUACAUUGUGUGCCCGUCUUUGCUCAGCCUGGUACAGUUCUGGCAAAUUCAGAGGUUCUCCAAAGAAGUAUUGUAGGAAAUAAAAACUAUCCUACUGUACACCCAAGUGUAUCACCUGAAAUGGCGAAGAACACAGAACAAGGGGAAGUUGCAGAGAGUCCUGGGAUCACAAGUGACACCAACAUUUACACAGGGCCAGUAUACAGUUCAAUGAACAGGCUUCUAGAGACCCAGAGUACAGGUAUCUGCAAGGGAUCCUGUAAAAUCUCUGUUCAAGCUGCCAGUUCAGAAAUUGAACCGUUCGAUCCAGAAAUAUGUUCUCAUUGCAAAGAGUCAGACCUCCCUGACAAUGAAGGCGUGGAGUCCGACAGUGACGGAGUCUAUGAAUUCACUCAGGACACUCAGUGCAGUGAGAAGACUGAGCCACAUAAGGGGAAGGCAAGAACCGAGAACCACAACAAACUGCUGAAGCUGUGGAAAAUGGUUUGUGGAACAUUUCGAAAGAUUGUUGACAGCAAAUACUUUGGACGCGGGAUAAUGAUCGCUAUUCUUAUUAACACUCUGAGCAUGGGGAUCGAAUAUCACGAACAGCCAGAAGAACUGACUAAUGCCCUGGAAAUCAGCAACAUAGUCUUCACCAGUUUAUUUGCUCUGGAAAUGGUUUUAAAACUUUUAGUUUAUGGUCCAUUUGGAUAUAUCAAGAACCCUUAUAACAUAUUUGAUGGCAUCAUCGUUAUUAUAAGCGUGUGGGAGAUCAUUGGACAACAGGGUGGUGGUCUCUCUGUCCUGAGAACGUUCCGUCUCAUGAGGGUCUUGAAAUUAGUAAGAUUUAUGCCAGCACUGCAGCGCCAACUUGUGGUACUAAUGAAAACAAUGGAUAAUGUGGCCACCUUCUGCAUGUUACUGAUGCUUUUCAUCUUCAUCUUCAGCAUUUUAGGUAUGCACCUUUUUGGCUGCAAGUUUGCCUCUGAGAAAGAUGGAGACACACUUCCAGAUAGGAAGAACUUUGACUCUCUUCUCUGGGCUACAGUAACUGUUUUCCAGAUUUUAACACAGGAAGACUGGAAUAAAGUUCUUUACAAUGGCAUGGCAUCAACGUCUUCAUGGGCAGCUCUCUACUUUAUCGCACUGAUGACCUUUGGAAACUAUGUACUAUUUAACCUGUUGGUGGCCAUUCUUGUAGAAGGAUUUCAGACUGAGGAAGUUUCCAAGAGAGAAGACAUAAGUGCACACCUCAGCUGUAUUCACCUACCUGUCGACUCACUUGUGGGUGGCGGCUCCCUGUCGGGUUCUGAGAGUGCUCCAGAUGAAUGUGCAAUCCGCAAAAGUCUUUCUAAUGUGUCUUUUACUCCAUUACAUGGAUUACCGGAGAUAAAGGCCAAUUUACAACCACCUCUCAUCGUUCAUACAGCUGCCACUCCCAUGCCAGUUCCAAAGAACAGUCUAUUUGGAGAGCUUCCCCUAGGUUGUGAGUCUAGAAGGGAGAGCAGCGUCUCUGAUGGUCCUCAUGCCAGUGAGAUCAAGUCUAUGCCCAGUGCACGUAAUUCCCCUCAUAGUUCCUGGGGAGCAGUGUGUAGUUGGAACAGCCGCAGGUCUAGUUGGAACAGCAUCGGACGAGCCUCCAGUAUUAAGAGAAAUGUACAGAGCAGUGAACAUAAGUCCUUGUUGUCUGCUGAUGGGAAAGAGAGCUCAGAAGGGGAAACAUCUGAUGAAGAGGUAUCCAGUCGUAAAGACUCCUCCUGUAAUGUGACGGAACUAGUGGGUAAAAAAGAAGCACUUGAUACAUUACAUGUUCCUUACACGUAUGCACUACAGAGCAAACACAGCCUUCCAGUGGAUUACCAGGGCUGCAAUGGGAAAACUAUGCUUCCCUCUGCGUCACCUCAACGCCACCUCGAGGACCCUAAACUUGAUUACAGCAAUAAUAUUGAUGAUGACGGAAACAUGAGUAAGAGUGAAAGGUUGAGAGCAUAUAUUAUAGCACAUCUUCCUGUGUGGUGUAAGGAGAGAGAAACCUGGUCCCUCUAUCUUUUUCCACCAUAUUCCAAGUUUCGUUUGAUAUGCAAUAAAAUUAUCACCCACAGGAUGUUUGAUCAUAUAGUUUUGGUGAUUAUAUUUCUGAACUGCAUUACUAUUGCAAUGGAGAGACCAAAAAUAGAGCCUCAUAGUGCUGAAAGAAUAUUUCUGACAUUGUCCAACUACAUAUUUACAUUCAUUUUUUUGGCUGAAAUGACAGUGAAGGUGGUGGCCCUCAACUUGUGUUUUGGUGGAAAAGCCUAUCUGAGGAGCAGUUGGAAUAUUCUGGACGGAAUGCUUGUUUUAAUCUCUGCCAUUGACAUUUUGGUGUCACUGGUAUCUGAUAGUGGCACAAAGAUCCUGGGGAUGUUAAGAGUACUGAGACUUCUUCGGACAUUGAGACCUCUGCGGGUUAUAAGUCGUGCCCAAGGGCUAAAACUUGUAGUUGAAACUCUGAUGUCUUCCUUGAAGCCCAUUGGUAACAUUGUGGUGAUCUGCUGUGCCUUCUUCAUCAUAUUUGGGAUCCUUGGUGUUCAGCUUUUCAAAGGGAAAUUUUUCUACUGCCUGGGAGAGGAUACUAGAAAUAUUACAAAUAAGUCAGACUGCUUUGAAGCCAAAUACAAAUGGGUGCGACACAAAUACAAUUUUGAUAAUCUUGGUCAGGCGCUGAUGUCUUUGUUUGUCCUGGCAUCGAAAGACGGAUGGGUAGACAUCAUGUAUGAUGGACUAGAUGCGGUGGGAGUAGACCAGCAGCCAGUGAUGAACUACAACCCCUGGAUGCUCCUGUACUUCAUAUCCUUCCUGCUGAUUGUUGCUUUCUUUGUCCUCAAUAUGUUUGUGGGAGUUGUGGUGGAGAAUUUCCACAAGUGCCGACAGCACCAAGAGGAAGAAGAAGCCAAGAGACGAGAAGAGAAAAGACUGCGCAGGAUGGAGAAAAAGAGAAGGAGUAAGGAGAGAGAGCUAGCCGAUCUAAUGCUGGAUGAUUUAAUGCUGGAGCCUUCAGCCAGUCCAACACAAGAAGCCCAGUGCAAACCUUACUAUUCUGAGUAUUCCCACCCUCGUCUUCUCAUACAUCGCAUGUGUACAAGUCACUAUUUGGAUCUUUUUAUUACUGGGGUCAUUGGACUAAAUGUGGUUACUAUGGCAAUGGAACACUAUCAGCAGCCAAAGGUGUUAGAUGAUGCUCUGAAGAUCUGUAACUACAUAUUUACCUUGAUUUUUGUCCUUGAAUCAGGGUGCAAAAUGGUUGCUUUUGGUUUCCGACGAUUUUUUAAAGACAGAUGGAAUCAAUUAGACUUGGCAAUUGUUCUUCUUUCCAUUAUGGGAAUUACACUGGAAGAGAUUGAAGUGAACGCAUCACUGCCCAUUAAUCCAACAAUUAUUCGGAUUAUGAGGGUUCUCAGAAUUGCCAGGGUUCUGAAGUUAUUGAAGAUGGCGGUUGGGAUGAGGGCUUUGUUGGAUACAGUUCUACAAGCUCUUCCACAGGUGGGGAACCUAGGCCUGCUAUUUAUGUUGCUGUUCUUUAUUUUUGCUGCAUUGGGAGUUGAACUGUUUGGGGACUUGGAGUGCAAUGAUUCUCAUCCAUGCGAGGGUCUUGGGAGACAUGCCACUUUUAGAAACUUUGGUAUGGCCUUUCUAACUCUUUUCCGCGUAUCUACAGGCGAUAACUGGAAUGGGAUUAUGAAGGACACACUGCGUGACUGCAACGAGGAAUCAACCUGUUACAACACUGUCAUCUCCCCAAUCUACUUUGUGUCAUUUGUGCUAACAGCACAGUUUGUACUGGUCAAUGUGGUGAUUGCUGUACUCAUGAAACACUUAGAAGAAAGCAACAAAGAAGCCAAGGAAGAGGCUGAGCUAGAGGCAGAAAUGGAGCUAGAGUUCCAGAUUCAGAACAUACAAAGUCCAGAUAGUGAUACUUUUCUCUGGGCUGGAAGAGACCUUGGCUACACUCAGGACAACCCUUAUGGAUACAUAAAUAACAUGAAGGAUAAGGUUGACUCUCAGCUGUCAUUAGUUCAUCCCAUGGAAAGACACAUGUUUGAUACAAUAUCAUUGCUAAUCCAGGGAUCUUUAGAGGGUGAGAUGAAGCUUAUGGAUAACCUUUCUGGUUCUGUAUGCCAUCAUUAUGGCCUCCCGUCAUAUGAAAAAUGCUCCUCUGAAAAGCAGAUUCCACUAGCGGAGAUGGAAGGCCUGUCCCUGACUUCAGAUAUUCUGUCCGAAAAGUCCUGGUCCUUAGCCCUAACGGAUGACUCACUGCCAGAUGACAUCGUAUUUAGUGUUCUCCGAUCAAAAAGUGAAUUUUCUCCAGAGCAAAAGUCAUCAAGCACUAAAGAAAGGAAUUUGCUAAGUGUUAAAAAGCCUCUUGUUUGCCGAACUCACUCAUUGCCAAAUGACAGCUACAUGUUGCAGAGGGGAGGCUCAUGUGCAGAGUGCCAGGCAACAAGGAAACUAGUCUGCCAGAAAUCAGAUUGCAGCACUCACGUUCAGUCUCGUGAUACUAGUUGUGUGCCCCAGGAAGCUGUGCUAAACGUUGAAAAAUCAGAAACACCUAUACCAAAACUAACUGCCCCCCUGCGAUCCCCGUCUACUCAUAGAUUGCUACAAAGACAGAAAGCGGUUUGUAAUGAUUCGUUUGAAAUGUUCAUGGAUAGUAAGGAAAUUGCCCAGGGAGAAACACCAGACCAUCUUGUUGUGAAUUUACCAGUGUGCCAGCUUGCUGCAGAGGUGCCAAUGGUUCUAAAGUCUAUGGAACCCGAUAGGACUUUGUGUGAGCUGGAAAAUCAAAGUGUCUACACACAACAUCAUCAGGAUACGCUUCAAUGUCCAAGUGCUUCCUGGGCAAACACGAACACUUUCAGGGAGACAAACAUGGCCCCAGAAAGAACACAUUUGUUGAACAAAUCUUCAUGUAAAAAACAUUUCAGCUUAAAUACAUGUGAGACACUAAGACUCUAUUCUGCUGCUUAUUCAUUAAGCCAGAAGGUGAAAUUGGAAAACAGUAACAACGUAGUUUUAAGAGAUAUGAAGAAGUUUUACAGCGUGGAUGCUCACAGUGCCCUUAAAAAAACAACAUCAUGGCUGGAUGAUGCCAGAAGACAUUCUAUUGAAAUUUGUUCUAUGGAAAACACUCUGUCCCGCUACCCAGCUUCACGUUCAUGUGGCUUCAUUAGCCAUAUACUUAACGAGAGAGAUGAUUUCCAAACAGUGCAUAGAACAGGUGGACAUAUCCCUAGCUGCCCGGAGUGCAUGGCACCAGUGGUGACUUCGGGACACCCAUGCUUGGAGACAGAAGCUUUAAGAAGACAAUCAUACUCAUUAGACUCAAAGGACAUCCCUAAGAUUGUUGACCCCUUAGUUAAAGAGAUGUCAAUAUCUUAAUUUCUAUUGAUACUUUUUCUAUCAGUACAUUUGAACAAAAUGAUGAGCUGCUUCAGUGAGUUUAAGCUGAUAGACUUUAAGAUUGGCAGCUCUAUGGAAAUACUUGAACAUCUGUUCUCUUUGGACAAACAGCAAUAUACUUUCCAAAAGGAUUUUCACCUUUGUUUAGCUAGUU